AUGGUUCCAUUGAAGCGAGUGACAGCAGUGGAUGGGUAUCGAGCUCAAGUCCCCUGUCAUCUUCGCGAGGAUAUCCAAGGAAAUCCUCCUUAUCUCGUCCUCUGGUUCAAGGAGGAAGAUUCCGACAUGCCCAUCUACACCUUCGACGCGAGGAUGCGAUCAACGGAGGAUGGGAGGCACCGAGUGGCACCCUUCCUCCAGCCUCGGGCCCAUCUUUCCUAUCUCGACGGGGUGCCUCAUUUGACCUUUGACCCAGUGAGGUACACGGACGAGGGGCUCUACAGGUGUCGAGCCGAUUACCGACGAGCACCUACCUCUUACUUCAAUGUCAACUUGACCAUCGUCAUUCCUCCGCCGCAGCCAACCAUUCGGGAGAUAUCGGGACUCCAAGUUGGGUCCACUGCUGGACCAGUGGACGAGGGAUCCGAUCUUCAUCUCACCUGCGAAGUCGACGGGGGGAAGCCGAUGCCUCGAGUGACAUGGUGGUGGGAAAAUCGUCUCCUGAAUUCUUCCGACGAAAGCGUUUCGCCCGGAGUCGUGAGAUCUCACCUGCAUUUGUACAACGUGGAAAGGAAGCAUCUGAUGACGUCGCUCACCUGCCAGGCUGCCAACACGAACCUCACCGUUCCCGAAUAUCGAAGCAUCAAAAUCGAAAUGAACCUUCCACCGUUGGAAGUGAAAGUCGAGGGUCCUAAGGGUUUUCUGUCAUCGGGAAAGGCCUACGACUUCCAAUGUCGAGUGAUCGGGUCGCGUCCAGCAGCCUUCAUCCGAUGGUGGAAGAACGGUCAAUCCCUCUCCGGACCUAAUUACAUCACAACGGAGAGCGAUGGGAACGUGACGAAGAGUGUGUUGACAUUGACAGUGAAUCGAGAGGACCACGGGAAAAGCCUGGACUGUCGGGCUCACAAUCCCAAGAUGAGUGCUGUCCCCGAUGUUCACGCUUCUGCCAUCCUUCACGUCACUUAUCCACCGGCCGUGAAUGUCCGAUUCGGUGCCAACCUCAACCCCGAAUGGAUCAAGGUCGGUGAUGACGUCUAUUUCGAAUGCAACGUGGACGCAAAUCCCAAGUUUCACAGCCUCAAGUGGCUCCAUGACGGAAAGGAGUUGUCGCACGAUCCGAAAAUGGGGGUGAUUGUGACGGAAUCGACCUUAGUAAUUCGAGGGAUCCAACGUCGUCAUGCUGGGAAGUACGAAUGUCUGGCUGAGAAUUCUCUUGGCCGCUCGAACAGCUCUCCUCUUUCGCUCCAAGUUCAACAUGCACCGGAGUGCAAGCCCCAGCAAGCGAGCAUUUACGGCGUGGCCCCUUACGAGAGGAUCAACAUAACGUGCGACGUGGAAGCCAAUCCGGAUACGGUCCGUUUCCAUUGGAGGUUCAAUUCCUCAUCCGCCCAACUCACGGAAUUCCCGGCUCAGGACUAUUGGAGUGCUGGGACUCGGAGCACCUUGAUCUACACUCCAAGGACUCCGAUGGACUUCGGGACCGUCGUCUGCUGGGCUUCCAAUCCCGUCGGAAAUCAACAAGUCCCCUGCACCUUCCACGUCGUCGAAGCCGGUCAUCCGGAUCCCGUGAGCAAUUGUUCGAUCCAGAAUCAGACAGACAACACAUUUUACGUGGAAUGCUUGCCAGGAUUCGAUGGGGGCCUCAAGCAGUUCUUCCAUAUGGACGUCUUCGAUUCUGAUACCAUGGAGCUAAAGGCCAAUCGCACCACUCCCAUCCCUCGCUUCACCGUCAAAGGUCUAGAAGAGGACCUAUCAUUAUUGGUGUACGUGUACGCGUCGAACGCGAGGGGGAAGAGUCCGAUAACGUCCUUGGAAGCACGGACUCCACGCGUUAUGGAGAACAAAAUGGACAAAGAGGAAGGUCGGGGGCUUACGCUGGCGUUGACGCCACUUGUCAUGCUUUUGGCGGGGGGAAUCGGAGCCAUCGUCCUCACCACCGCCAUCGUUCUCAUCUUCCUCGUCCUCAGGAGAAGGCAGCGUCGCUCUCGCUCUCGCUCGCCCCAACACAAACACACGAUCUCGGAGGGGAAGAGAAAUCUUAAUUCCGAUCCCCCAUCAGACGAGAAGAACCCAGACAUCAUUUCCAAUAUCAAUCCUCAAGGAGAUGGGAACGAAGGGAGCUUCUCUGCUGUUCCUCUCUUCAAGAAUGAGGCUUCGGCAUCGACGGGAUUUCCGGUAUCUCCUGCCGAGUGGCCCCUGCCUCCCGGAGAGCUCCGCACCACUCAGGGAGAAGGGUUGCUAUACACGGACCUGACGGUGCCCCGGAGGAGGUCGGGACGAAGUCCCGCUCAAGAUCAUAUGUUACACCAUCUAUACCAACAGCAACAACAUCCUGCGACAUCAUCCCCGGGAAGCGUGUUUUUUGCCGGUCCCGAUUAUCUGCAGACAUUCGAAGCCUCCAUAUCCAAAUGUAGCGGGAUCCAGCUGGAUCACACGGAAAGUGUCGUGUGAUCCAUCCCUCAAAAUGUCGUGACGCUCCUCGGUGCAUGACACUCCUCGGUGCAUCCUCGUUGACGAGUUCCUCUCUUGUCGGCACGGCAAAAUUUCCCCUCCCCUGUUGCUUCGUGUUGAUAAGUGUUUAUUUAUUCAUUUAUGCACCCAUGUACUUAUUUAUAUGUCUAAUUUAUUCGUUCGCGGCAUUCAUCCGGUGUCCCCCGUUUUGAUUUCGCUUCGCAAGAACUCAUUCAAUUCAGUCAUCGAUUUCUGUGAUUCAUGUUAUAAAAUGACUUUCUUUCAUA